AUGGCACAACCGUCGCCAUCGAAACAACGUGGGGACUCGACGCCUAGCACGAACGACGUGGCGCUGACGAGUGGAAAUGUAGGAGUAAAGGAGUCGUCGCUGUUCCUCCGCCUUCGAUCACCCGUGAUGCGGGAAUUCCAAGAGCUGCCUCGCACGCUGCUGGGUGAAUUCGAUCGGUUCAUCGGAAAAGCCAAACUUGCCAACCUUCGAAGCCAAGACUCCUUUCGCACGACCAAGUGGACGAUGACCGAUCUUUACGACACUGUCGGCAACGCACACGACAAGCGCACUCUGAGAUCCCCCGCAGGCGUGUCAGACAAAAGCAGUGUGCUGACUGCACUCAACACCAUCUUGGACGACACGACUUGCGUGAUCACAUUCGACCAAGUCAAGGCUUUGCACGAUGCAAUUUUUGAACAUGGAGACGGAGGGGGGGCUAUCCGUGAAGAUGCAGCUGUGGGCUAUGCCUCGGAGCGCAUUUAUCGCGUAUUCCUCCCCGCGGUGGAGAUCGAACCGGCCCUGCGCGAGUACGUUGCAACACUGAACGAUGAAGCGGCGCUUCCGCACCCACUCCUCCGCGCCUACUACGCGUUUUCUGCCCUCGUGUUUUAUAUUCAUCCGUUCUACGAUGGCAAUGGAAGGUGCGCACGGCUGCUUGGGAACAUUCUGGCGCGAAAAGGGGGGUUCCCACCCGUCAUUCGGCACCAAGACAAGACGAUUCAACUCGCGGGAUUCCUUGAGACGAUGCUCAACACCGUGGACCUGCAUGAAGAUGCCAUCCGCUUCCGCCGGAAUCGCCUCGCCGGGAAAACCACGUCCACGUGGUUUUGA